UCAGCUCAUCUGGUAUUCACUCCCCCCCCAACACCUCAGUUUCUCACCUUUCUUUGCUCCUCUCUGCUAAGUGAUACUUCUGCUGCUUCCUUUCCUCUUUUCCAUCUACUCCUCACCCUCCUCAUCUUCUGUCCACCAUGGUGAACAGAUAACCACCUGGCCGUCCUGAGACCAUGGGUGCCUGCCUCUGCAAAGGUCACAAAGAGCUUCACCUUCCCCUAUCAUCUCUGCACCAGACUGAGGGAGGUCAAACAUCUUCUGACAAGGAUGGCCAUAAUCCUUCCAACGGCAAUGUGGCAGAUAAAACCAGCCGCUAUGACAUCGGCGAGCUGGCUACAUCCUCUUUGAUGGGCCUGGUGGCUACAAUAAAGGAGCACAUCACCAAGCCGACGGCAAUGGCCCAGGGGCGAGUUGCCCACCUGAUAGAGUGGAAAGGUUGGGGUGGAUGUGGUGAGGCUGGGGGUAGUGGUGCAGGUUGGAAUGGAGCCUGGGGCAAAGGAAGCGGAGGCUGGAGCGGGAUGGGGGCCGAGCUGCAGGAGGAUGAACAAUUCUACUCCCAAAUGACUGAUGAGAUCAAGGAAGCUCGCUUUGCUGCAGGUGUAGCAGAACAGUUUGCUCUGGCUGAAGCAACCAUGAAUAUGUGGUCCAUGAGUGACAACUUAGAGCAGCCGUCCACAAGCUUGCAAGCAGCACAAAGCCACUUCUUGUCUCAGUUCCUGCUUGAUGGUGGAAGUGUCGGAGUUCCCCAGCAUCUGUACAGCAUUCAUGCCCAGGCUUACGGCAACACCAGCGCAACCAGCCUAGUUUAUACACCACAGACCAGCUCCAUUUCUCCAACAUCUAAUGUUCAGCAGGAUGGAGAGCAUCCUUUAGAGGACAGAAGCCUAGUGACUGCAGAAGUUGCAGUCCGACAUGUAGACAGCAGCUCGCUGUCUGAGGAUGAUGUUUUUUACAACUAGACUUGAAAAAGAAGAAGAAGAAGAAAAAGAAACAGCAGGAAUCUUGAUUGCAUUCUCUAAAAUAAGACUCAGUGAGGAGACUCUCAACCACCAGCAGUGAUUGACACUAAAAUGCAGACAUCUGUGAGACAUUUCAACAGGCAAUUCUUGGGUUUAAGCCUGGCCUUUGGAUAUAAAGACUCCAAAUAGUAUUUUCUCUUUAGUUUAAGAAUAAACUGAAUGUACAUAGUGAUGUUUAGUUUUUUAAUCAGUGUAUUUUGAACACUGAGUUGAUCUGUGAAGAGUCAAAUGACACAGGUGUAAAAAUCUUGUUAUAAAUAAUGUUUAACAUAGGUACAGUAUAAGGUCGUCAACAUGUGCUUUGGAUCCAUUUUUCUCUUGUGGUAAUGGUCCGAGGAUCUGAGUUUGGUUAAAGAUUGAUAAGUGGAAACUGAAAAUGUACCUAAUUUUAUAUUUUUUAAGUAUAUGUAGAGAGAAACUAAAAAUGUGUCUGACAGCCACAAAUGCAGGACAUAUAAAACAGGAGAAGGGUGCAGUCUGUUUUUCUGUCAUCAAGUGUGUGUUUUUCAGUCAGAGAUGGAUGUUGAAAGGUGGUGUUAGCCCUAUUGUCACGGUAUUAUUUUACAAGAGGUCUACACAUAGUGAUGAAGCACUGUGUUGUGGCUAUCUCCCCUUUCAUUACCUGACUGCAACUCUAAAUGAUGUUCAGACAGUGGAUACACCCGAACAAAAAUGCAUCCAUCAUCAAAAUCCUCCAGGAAAAUAAUAAACAUAAGAGAUUACUGCCCACUGCACAUACAACAUCUGUGGUAAUAAUCUUUUCUAGAGUUGUAUCUGGUUAAUACUGUUUAUCAGAUUAAAGAAUAAAGAAGAAUAACUGGAUAUAUAAGAACUGAUAAGCUUCUGAACAGUGAAUCUGAUAAGUAGCUUGAUGUCUGCAGGUAACAGAAAAACACCAGCUGAGCAAGGACCAGAGCAGCUGUGCCAAAGUGGGAUUUAGUCCCAUUUAUAGGACAAAAUUUCUGCCAAGAUGCCACAUCAAAACCAAAAGUGGAUGUCAUGGACGUGUUUUUGUUAAUAUGUCCCAAGAAUUUUUAACCAGUGGUUUGCAAAGAAACAACUGUAAAAAUGAAAAUAUCAGACUUAAAGGUUUAACACAGUGAUUAACACAAUAAAGCAGC